AGAUCAGUUCUGAUCUGUAUUCCUACGUACUUAAGCCGUUUCUGCGAUUCUAUACGGAGAAGUGCUAAUUUUCUCAACCGAUUGUGUUAAUUUUGUAAACAAAUAAAGUGAAGAAUUUGACAAUCAUCAAAUAUGAUGAAAAUUUUUACAAUUCUGUGCAUUUUGGGGAUCUGUGUGUUUAAUGUAAAGGCAUUGCCAGCAACUGACUUAUCCGCCGAAAGUAAGCAAGAUGAUUUAAGUUUAGAAUCUAGUGACGCAGAAGAUCUAAAAGGUUCAGAAACAUUUGGUUUUGGUUAUUAUCCUGCUUACUAUGGCGGCUAUGGUGGUUACGGUAGGGGUUAUGGUGGAUAUGGCAGACGUUGGGGUUAUGGUUAUGGUGGAUAUGGUGGUUACGGUUAUGGAGGUUAUGGUGGAUAUGGCGGAUACGGUGGAUAUGGUGGUUAUCAUCGUCCACAUUACUGGGGAUAAAUUAUCGUCUAAACUCUGAUAUAAAUACCUGUAAUAAUAAUAUACAAAUAUUUAUAACAUAUUGAUAUAUAAACAAAAUAUAUGAGUGUUAGUUACUUGAUAUGCUUUUGGAUA